GAGAAUAUUAAUGGAUCAUAAAAAUGAAUUGUGCUAGUUAUAACUCUUCCAUUUGAUGCCAAUUCUACCUAUAAAUACUUUCAUAGUUCUCCUUGCUCACCCCAUCUUGAACAUAGCCUUGAAUAAAGUGAAGAAAAAAAGUGGUAGUGAAGCAAGUGAGAAGCCAAAAGCCAUGGCCACUAAUGUUACUUGUUCUAGUCCAAACUUCCUGAUAGUAAACCCAGAUAAGGGAAGCAAAAGAGACAUAUUCAAGUACUUGGUGGCGAAUAGCACAAAGAGUGGAAUGAACUUCUUGGAUAGCUCAGAGGAGACAGUUAAGGGAGGUGCAGCAGUUGAUCACAGGUGGAUUUUGUUGGUGUCCAUUAUCGUUCGCAGGAUCCUUGCCCUUAUUAACACCCCAUUGAAAUACUUUGGCGAUUUGGUUGAUUUCUUUCUCAACCUUCUUUCCCAGAAUGGUGGCUUCUCUGGCAUAUUUAAUAACUUUCUUAAGGGUCAGCUGAGGAUACCACGUAGAGGCACAGAGACUUUUAUAAGCACGAUUGGGCAAUUGGAUGGACGGAUAGACCUAUACAAGACUGUAUUCUUGGCUGAGAAAGUAGAUGAUUCAGUUGCUUUGGAUGCAAAUAACAUAAGAUCAGAAUUGGGCAAUCGAUAUCUUAUGGACCUUUGUAUUAUGGCAUCCAAGCUUGUUUAUGAGAAUGAGAAAGUUAUUAAAAAUGUUGUCGAAAAUCACUGGAAGAUGCAUUUCGAGGCCUUCUACAACUGCUGGAAUGAAAACCAAAAGGAGAGCAAUACCCAAGUGUUCAUGUUUACUGACAAACCCAAAGAUGCAAACUUGAUAGUGAUCAGCUUCAGAGGCACAGAACCUUUCAAUGCGCAAGAUUGGAGUACUGAUUUCGAUUUCUCUUGGUAUGAGGUUCCAAAAGUGGGAAAACUCCACAUCGGAUUCUUAGAAGCCAUGGGUUUGGGUUGCAGAGGAGAUGCUAACACCUUCCAAAAUCACCUUCAGAGGAAGCAUACAAGUUUCAUGCAUUUAAACGGUGAGUCUGUGGGGUCCUUUAUGGAAAUGGCGAAGAAGAGUGCGUACUAUGCUGUGUCGAUGAAACUCAAGAACUUACUGAGGGAGCACAAGAAUGCAAAAUUUGUUGUCACUGGACAUAGCUUAGGUGGGGCACUGGCUAUAUUAUUCCCUUGCGUGCUGGCGAUACAAGAGGAGACGGAGAUGAUCCACAGGUUGCUAAAUAUUUACACAUUUGGGCAGCCAAGGAUCGGGGACGUACACCUAGGUACAUUCAUGGAAGCCCAUUUAAACUACCCAGUUAAUAGAUACUACAGGGUAGUUUACUGCAAUGAUAUGGUGCCUAGGGUGCCUUUCGAUGACAAGAUCUUCGCCUUCAAGCACUUCGGAGUCUGCCUUUACUAUGACAGCCGGUACUUUGGCCGAUUUAUGGAUGACGAACCGAACAGAAAUUUCUUUGGAUUGAAGCACGUUAUCCCUAUGAGGUUGAAUGCCCUGUGGGAAAUCUUCAGGAGUUUUGUGAUAAGCCACACACAUGGACCAGAGUAUCAUGAGAGUUGGUUCUGCACAUUUUUCAGGUUAAUGGGGCUGGUGCUCCCUGGAGUUUCUGCGCAUAGUCCUAUAGAUUAUGUCAACUCCGUCAGGCUUGGAAGGGAGCGCACGUUUCCAUUGUCCACUUUGAAAAGCUUCGCUCGCAAAUCAUAAUUAAGAAGGUUCGCAAUCUUCUUCCUCAUCAUAAUAAUAAGGUCAAGAGAUCAGAGGUUCACGCCAUUAUGUGGAAAAACUCAUAAUGGAAAUGUAUCAUGGUGUAGCAGCAUUUUUGGGUUAUGUA